AUGGUCCGGUGGCAUCCUGUCCGACGCGUGCGGUUCAUUCGCCGUUGCGUCGCCAUCCUGGCUGUGUCCAGCUGCGCCACGCUGGUCGGCUUCCAAAUGAAGCUGACGACCUCCGGGGGCCGCCGACUACCGCCCUGGAGGCAGCAGCUACCGGGCGCCACCGAGGCCACUGGGAAUAGACAAGACCGCGGCGGAGGCAAUCGGGACGGGCGCGAGAGCAGGACAGGGAGGGCCCGUAGGAUCAUCGAGCGCCAGAUAUUCAGGGACAGCGAGGAAGCCGACCAUCGACACGACGACACGCCCUCUUCGCAGUCGAGCCACAAGCUGCCCUGGUUCUUCACCAACGGCACCGAGUGGCCCAGACCGACGAGCAAGCUGUCGAGGCUCGGCAAUGUGUGGCCAGACCCGAAAUACCCGCAAGACGAUCGCAUUGUGGCGCAGCUGAUGUACCUGCCCCCAGGAUACAAAAGACAGCUCAAGAGCACCAACACGACGACCCUGAAGAACAUCAUUCUGCACGGCAGUUGGCACGAUUUCCUGAGCGGACGCGAGCUGUUUCUGAGAGACCGGUGCCCCGUGGACACGUGCACCGUCUACUGGAGCUACGGUGAGCAUCUCGGCGGGCGAACCAGCGAGGGUGGUGGCGUCGUAGAUGCCGUUAUCUACCAGGACUGGUACGUUAGUAAGGACAACGGAAGCAGCGAUGGGCACCAAGUGAAGAUCCUGUAUCUGCUCGAGAACCCUAUGAACACCUACGUCUCUCCUGCAGACGCGGGCAUCGAUUGGACGGCCACAUACAGGAGGGACUCGGACAUCGUGACGCCGUACGAGAAGUUCGUGCUUUUCGACCCGCUGGUGAAGCGCAUUAAAAGAAACUACGACUACGCACAGAACAAGACGAAAAUGGUGGCCUGGUUCGUCUCCAACUGCGGCGCAGCAAACAGGCGGCUCGAGUACGCGCGCGAGUUGCAGAAGCACAUACAGGUGGACAUAUACGGCGCUUGCGGCACCCUCAAAUGUCCACGCAGUGAAAGUGAGAGAUGCUACGAGAUGCUGGACAGCGAUUACUACUUCUACCUGUCCUUCGAGAAUGCCAACUGCAAGGACUACAUUACCGAAAAAUUCUACAAUGCCCUCAGGCACAACGUGGUCCCGGUGGUGAUGGGCGCCUCCCGCGAGGAGUACCGGGCCGCGGCUCCGUACCACUCGUACAUCCACGUGGACGACUUCGCGUCUCCCAAGGAGCUGGCCGAGUACCUUCGCCUGCUCAGCAGCAACCAUUCGCUGUACAACCAGUACUUCGAGUGGAAAGGCACCGGCGAGUUCGUGAACACGUACUUCUGGUGCCGGCUGUGCGCCAUGCUGCACGCGCCGCCUCGGCCGGAGGAUAAGCAGCGCAGGACAAGCGUCCACGACUGGUGGCACCGGGGCGCGUGCAAGUCGAUUGACGACGUAACCGCAGAGCGACGCGUGCAGAACGGUACUGAGCCUUUGUGA